AGGUAGGUAGUGUGUUCCACGUCAGGAUCAAGUGGAUCCUCUCAUGGACAUUCUCGACAAAUGAACGGUAUGACCUUGUCCCCCAUGAUUGCGGACGGAAUGCACUUAUAAGACGGCGCCCCAAACCCCAAAUAUUCAAAUUAUUCCAUUAUCCUAACUCCUCAUUCACCGCUAGCUAAGUAUUGUCAAUCACCCACCAUGGGCCCAUCACCACCAAACCAACGCACCUCCAGCUCCCGCUGGUUCUUCAUCCCCACAAUAAUCCUCAUAAUCGGUAUUCUCUACAAAAUCUACAUCCACGACAGCCUUUCCUUACUGUUCGGCAUUGGCCGCGUGACCCAACCCCUUGAGGACUUCCCAUACGAAUGCCAGAAACUCGAACACCCCCUCCUUUCUUCCUGCGAGGAUGUCUGGCUCGAUGGCCCCAGUCGAAAGCUCUACGCCGCGUGCGGGGAAUUACAAGCCCGCAAGGGCUGGUGUCCGGGCGGCGGGAAACUGAACGCGUCGGCACGUGUGGGCUCGAAUUGGAUCUCAGUGCUGGAUAUCGAUCGCCCCGGGGCGGACGGACUCUACGGGCUACGGAAACUUAAGAUCGGGGACUCGUACGCACAGGAUCUCGAUCUUCACGGGUUCGACGUCCAGGAGAUCGACAAUGGCGUUUUGCGCUUCUGGCUGAUCAAUCACCGCCCGCCGGUGGAUGCGGAAACCGGCGAGUUACUCGAUGCGAGUAAAGUGGGGGCGAAUUCGACGAUCGAGGUCUUUGAUCUGGACAAGUCAACCGAGACAUUAGGACAUGUGAAGACGAUUGUCAGCGACGCGAUCAUCACGCCUAACAACCUCGUCAUGGAAGAAGACGGCGACGCGUUUCUCUUCACGAAUGAUCAUAGCCGCAAAGCCGGUGCUCUCAAGGGACUUGAGCCUUUGAUGGGUGGCGGUAGCGCCGGCCGCUGUCGCACUGGCUCGGGAGACUGUCAGAUCGUGGCUGAGAAAGGAAUUCAUGGGCCGAAUGGAAUCGCCAGGGGCCAGGACGGGCUGUUCUACGUGGCGCAAGCGCCUGCUGGCAAGAUCUCGGUUCAUGAGAUGGUGGAUGGUCAACUCCAUUGGGUCAAUGAGAUUGAAACGGGCUUUCCGAUGGAUAACCUAUCGGUCGAUUCGGAGGGAAACAUCAUUGCUGCUGCUUUUCCCUUUGCAAUGGACUUGUUGAGAAGCUUCGACCACCCGGAGGUAUUGAAUGUGGCGGCUACUGUUCUGAGGGUCAAGAAGACAAGAGUUGGAGGUAAGGCUCAGUAUGAAGUCGAAAAAAUGCUGGAGGACAAGGAUGGUAAGAUGCUCUCGACAUCUACUACUGUCGCACAUGAUGUUCAGUCCCAGAGGCUGUUUAUUGGAGGUAUCAUGGCUCCGCAUAUCACGAUUUGCAAACGGACUUGAACUUCGAUGGCGUAUAUAGCGAUAAUAUUCAUAUGAUAGCCUCAGUUAGCUUUGACAGGUGAUAGACAAAAACGCAGAUGUGUCACUUCCUUGAAUAUGCCCACCUACACGGCUCCAAUUCUGU